AUGAACAGAGAUAUCCAUGCGCCAACUGUCCCCUCCGGUCCGACGACCGCGGGGACAGGCUUCCGAGACUUGUCCAAGUUAUCGAUGGUUGAGCUUAUGACUGAGAAGGACCGCAUCGAAGCAGAACUAUCGGCUUACAGUAGCGUGUUGACAUCUCAAGGUGUUACUAUGGAUACGAGUCUGACAACGUUUGACGGAUUUCCUCGCGACGAUAUCGAUGUGGCACAAAUCCGUACGACGCGCGCACGAAUUAUCCACCUCCGAAACGAUCACAAAGAGGUCAUGAAACAUCUCGAGAAGGGCCUACACGCACAUUUUGAGGCUCUACAACAGGCGCAAGCUUCUACGAUACCCACCACAUCUACACCUGCCCAACAACAGAAUGGUACACACGCCACACAAAAUGGAAUAAUCGAAACACCUUUCGCACGAGUAAACAGCGUCGCGUCUGGCAGCCCCGCCGAUCAAGCUGGCUUGAAAGCUGGAGAUAUCAUCCGGAGUUUCGGGACGGUCAACUGGGUGAACCACGAGCGGUUGACAAAGGUUGGAGAGGUUGUGCAGCAGAAUGAAGGGACUACUUUCGUCAAGCGCCACUUGACUGGAGAAUUCGAGAAGAAGUACAUCGCGACUCUGGGUGUGGAAGUUCACCCUCUUGGGUUCACCACCAACUUGGGACCUAUUCAGUUCGAUGUCUGGGACACUGCUGGUCAGGAGAAGUUCGGCGGUCUUCGUGAUGGAUACUACAUCAACGGCCAGUGCGGUAUUAUCAUGUUCGACGUGACCUCCCGUAUUACCUACAAGAACGUCCCCAACUGGCACCGUGACUUGGUCCGAGUCUGCGAGAACAUUCCCAUCGUUCUCUGCGGUAACAAGGUCGACGUCAAGGAGCGCAAGGUCAAGGCUAAGACCAUCACAUUCCACCGCAAGAAGAACCUCCAAUACUACGAUAUUUCUGCGAAGUCCAACUACAACUUCGAGAAGCCUUUCUUGUGGCUCGCUCGUAAGCUUGUUGGUAACCAGACUUUGGAAUUCGUCGCCGCUCCCGCCUUGGCUCCUCCCGAAGUCCAGGUCGACCCCGAAGUUAUGGCCAAGUACCAGCAGGAACUCACAGAUGCCGCUGCUCAACCUCUGCCCGAUGAAGAGGACGCCGACCUUUAG